CCGGCAUUAAAGAGAUGCUCACCUUCUACAAUUCUGCACUCGGAGUCUUUGGCAAUACCGACAGCACUGGAAAGUUCACUGCCCACUGGUGGAACAGUGCAAAUGUCAUCACCAUGCUCGCAGACUAUGAGAACUCCUUCCCCGGGCACAACUCGGAAAUCCUCACCAUCUUCGCCAACACACUAAAAGUCGCGACCUCGCCUUUCUCUCCUCGAGGCUCAUUCUUGAACACCUUCUACGAUGAUGAGUUAUGGUGGGUGUUGGCUUGGAUAAAGGUGUAUGAUGUCACGGGGAAGGUGGAAUAUCUUAAUAAAGCAGCCGAGAUAUACGAAGACCCCAAGAGCGUAUGGAACACCACACCCUGCUCUGGUGGAAUUUGGUGGGACUUCGCCAAAACCUCCGUGAACGCCAUCGCAAACGAGCUCUUCCUAACAGCUUCGGUAAAACUCGCCAAUCGAAUUCCAACAAACAGCGAAUACUUCACUAUGGCCAUGGAAGCCUACGACUGGUUCAUGGCCUCCGGCAUGAUCAACUCAAAGAACAUCAUCAACGACGGUCUGAACAUCGACGUCAAGCCUUGCCAGAACAGCGGCACAGAAGGAUGGACCUACAACCAGGGCGUCAUCCUCUCCGGUCUGGCAGAGCUGACUUGGUCCACGGGCGAUCCGAAGUACAAUAAUCUGGCCAAUACUUUGGCUACUGCGUCAAUGGCUCACUAUGCCAACAACUCUCAAAUGAUCCUCCACGAAACAUGCGAACCGAACUGCAGCACGGAUCUCUCGCAAUUCAAAGGCAUCUAUGGACGGAAUAUCCAGUUCUUGGUCAAUAGAGCGAAUGUCCUGCCGGCGAACUUGAAGACUCAAUUUGUGAGCUUUUUGCAGAAUAACGCGAAUGAGAUCUGGGCGAAAGAUAAGGGGGUUAAUAAUCAACUGGGGCUUGUUUGGAGUGGGCAGGCCAAUGUGGUCGCGACGGUGGAGACGCAGAGUUCUGCGCUUGAUGCGAUUGUUGGUGCAGCGUGUGUGUCGUGACGUCGACAAGGGUUGGGGAUGGAGGGAAGUCAGUUGAUAAUAUUUGGUGUUUAGAUGGAAGGUAUACACAGGACAACGGCAAGCGCGG